AUGCCAGGGGUGGCUUCACAGCACGGGGGCAAGGAGGGAUCACUCUAUGCUAGAGGUUUCCAAGGUGACAAGGGCCCGCCGGGCGCUGCCGGGUCCCCGGGCUCCAAGGGGGAACCAGGACCUCCGGGCCCAGAUGGGCCUCCAGGGAAGGCAGGCAUUGAUGGCCUGACAGGAGCAAAAGGGGAACCAGGGCCCAUCGGACGUCCAGGACCUAAAGGCCAGCCUGGACUUCUAGGGCCUCCGGGACUCCCUGGCCCGUCGCUGCCAGGACCGCCUGGGCCUCCAGGUCAGGUUGGACUUCCUGGGGAAAUCGGUGCCUUGGGACCUAAGGGGGAUCCUGGACCUGAUGGACCACGAGGCCCCCCAGGACCCCCCGGAAGACCUGGCCCACCGGGACACAUCCAAGGCCUAGAAGGCAGUGCUGACUUCUUGUGUCCAACCAACUGCCCGCCAGGACCCAAAGGCCCGCAGGGACUGCAGGGCCUGAAGGGACACAGAGGCCGCCCCGGUGCCCUUGGGGAGUCGGGCAGACAGGGCAGGCCGGGUCCCAAAGGCGACGUGGGUGUUUCCGGCGAACAAGGCAUCCCAGGCCCUCCAGGUCCUCUGGGACCCAGGGGUUACCCUGGCAUGGAGGGUCCGAAAGGCGAGAUGGGACCCAGUGGUUAUAAAGGAAUGAUUGGCUCUAUUGGAGCUUCUGGAAAGCCGGGUGAGGAGGGACCCAAAGGGCCACCUGGGGGAGCCGGCGAGAAGGGAGAUAUUGGUGGCCGUGGCAUCAGGGGACCCCAGGGGGACCUGGGCCCCAAGGGGGAGAAUGGUCUCCCUGGCAUUGAUGGUAAAGAUGGCACCCCCGGCAUCCCUGGUGUGAAGGGGAGCGCAGGGCAACCGGGCCGCCCAGGACCACCGGGGCACCGAGGAAUGGCUGGUUUACCAGGCCAAUCUGGCACCAAAGGCGGCCCAGGAGCAAAGGGUGAGCCAGGUCCCCGCGGGCUGGCAGGAAUUACCGGGCCUUCGGGGCAAAUGGGUGAGCCCGGACCUCCAGGUGAGCAAGGGCCGCAAGGUGUCCCUGGGCUGAAGGGCGAUCGGGGUGAGCGUGGCCCUGUGGGUCCCCAAGGUGUUCAGGGGAAAGUGGGAUCUAAAGGGGAGCAGGGUCCUCCCGGCAUCCCAGGAUCCCAAGGCCUGCCAGGUGUCAAAGGAGACAAGGGCUUUCCAGGAAAAAUUGGUUCCAAAGGUGGCAUUGGAGACCCUGGCGUGGAAGGUCUUCCCGGGGAGAAGGGGGAGAAGGGUGAAUCAGGUGAGCCAGGACCAAAGGGGCAGCAAGGCAUCCGUGGUGAGCCUGGCUUUGCUGGUCCUUCUGGUGAUGCUGGCUCACCUGGCGUAAGAGGUUACCCAGGACCACCAGGCCCUCGUGGGCUCAACGGAGAGCGCGGCGUGCCAGGAAUGCCUGGCAAGGCAUGCCGGUGAGGCCGGGAUGCUGGGGACCAGCACAUUGUUGAUGUGGUCUUGAAGAUGUUGCAAGAACAGCUGGCAGAGGUGGCAGUGAGUGCCAAGAGAGCAGCUUUAGGUGAAGUUGGUGUGAUGGGACUGCCUGGUCCCCCAGGGCCCCCUGGGCCACCUGGUGAGCAAGGCCUGCAUGGACCCCCUGGACCACGUGGCAUCCCGGGCAUUUUAGGAGCCAUGGGGCAGAUUGGCAACACUGGGCCCAAAGGGAAGCGAGGAGAGAAAGGAGAGCGUGGAGAUGUUGGACGUGGACAUCAGGGCAUGCCGGGACCUCCGGGAAUCCCAGGUCUUCCUGGCAUCCCUGGCCAUGCCCUCAAUGGCAAAGAUGGAGAGCGAGGCCCUCCUGGAUCCUCUGGGCAACCGGGACGACCUGGGUUACCUGGGCCGGCUGGUCUCCCCGGAUUCUGCGAGCCCGCUGCCUGCUUAGGAGCCUCUGCUUAUGCCUCGGCACGUCUAACUGAGCCAGGAGCUGUCAAAGGACCUAUGUACUGAGUGAUGCAUGCUGGCGUCCUUGGAGAAAUUAAAUGGGAACUUUUAUCGACCAAGCUGGCCAAGCACCACCAAGACACAGCUGGUCUGGGGCCGGAAACCAAAGAGAUGGGACACUCCCAACUUGUGUAAAGCAAUAUAGAUGGGGAACCUCUACCUACAUGCCCGGGCAUCCAUACCACGUGCUCUCUUCUGGUAGGAGGGAGACGUAUGGUUACCCGGGGACACACAACUAAGGGGAAAAGACAUUAUUGGGGACUGAAUUUGACAUAUAAAAAACCCUCAAACCCUUUAAAACAAAUCACGGUAGGGGUGAAAGCCAGAAGAAUAAAACUCCGUUGGCUUCAAUAUUGUGUCCUCUUCGUUAGGGCUCAUUAGUUACCUCAGUCUGACCGCCCAUGCCCAACUGUCAUCCUCCCAAAAAGAAAUAAAUCGCCUUUUUCUACAUAUUCUCUUAUUCUUCCAUGUUUUAUUUUGUGUGUAGGCAAAAGCUGCUUGUUGUCUGUCCCCCUUGUUGUCCUACUUGUUUUCAAAGAAGAAAAAAAAAAAUGAUGGUUGCCUAUUUAAUGAAGUCUCCAGAUCCAGCCUUCUUUAAUGUUGGACACUUCCCAAGCUGUAAAUCUGUGUAACAUAGGAUUAUUUUAUAAUUAAGAACAAAUGCAUACAUCCACUUUUUAACAAAAUGGACAAUAAAAUUGA